AUGGCCGAAGAACAGAAGCCCGUCGAGGUCCCCAAGGAGACUGUCCCUGCCACCACCGCUGCUGAGGCUCCCGCCACCGAGACGAAGCCCGUCGAGACCACGGAGACUCCCGCCGUCGUCCCUGUCGCCGCCGAAGCUGCCACCGAGACCCCUGCUACCACCGUUGCUACCGAGACACCUGCUGAGGCCGCCGCUACUGAGGCUGCUGCUCCCAUCGAGGAGGCCAAGAAGGAGGUUGUCCCCGUCGAGGAGGGUACUCUCGAGCACAAGGGCAUCAACUUCCCCAAGAACUUCAUCUACUCCAAGGAGUUCUUCUGGUUCGGAUCCGAUGCCGUCGAGUCCAAGAGCCUGUCUUCCUACCUGAAGAGCGAGAAGUCCGCCGAGACUGCCCACCACAACGCCGCCUGGGCUUCCCACACCGGCAAGGGUCUUCUUUUCUUCGGCGACAAGACCGCUCCCCAGGGUGUCAUCAACUUGGCCGAUGCCUCUGAGCCUGCUGCCGAUGGCGCAAACAAGUUCCACUUUACCGCCAAGGGCCACAAGCACACCUUUAAGGCCGCCAACGCUGAGGACCGUGACAACUGGAUCUCCCAAUUGAAGCUCAAGGUCGCUGAGGCCAAGGAGCUCGCCACCACCGUCACCGAGACUGAGGCCUACAAGACUGCUCUUGAGGCUUUCAAGCCUGCCAAGAAAGAGGAGAAGGCUACCGAAGCCCCCGUUACUGAGGCCGUCGCCGCUAUCGAGACUCCUGCUACGGAGACAGUUGCGGUCCCCGCCACUGAAGAAGCAGUAAAGGAGACCCCGAAGGACGAGGAGCUCAAGAAGGAGGAGCCUAAGCGUCGCUCCGCCAGUCGCAAACGUGCCUCUAUCUUCGGCAACCUGCUUGGCAAGAAGGAGGAGUCCAAGAAGGAAGAGAAGGAGGAGACUGCUGUUCCUGCUGUCGCCGAGCCCCCCAAGGAGGAGACCCCGGUUGUCCCUGCUGCCGCUGAGACCCCUGUUGCUGAGGUCCCCGCUGUGGAGACUCCUGCCACUCCUGCUGCUGAGACUCCUGUUGCCGCUGCCACUGAGACCGCUGCUGAGGAUAAGCCCGUUGAGGCCGCCAAGGAGGAGAAGAAGCCUCUUCCCACCAAGCGCAACAGCAUUUUCGGUGUCUUUGGCAAGAAGGAGAAGAAGGCUGCCGCCGCCUCUGAGGCUGAGACACCCGCCCCGGCCAAGGAGGUUGAGGUAACUCCCGCCGCGGAGUCCGCCCCUGUCAUCCCUCCAGUUGAGGCUACCACCCCUCUCGCCGUCGAUGUUGUCAGCCCCGCCACCGUUCCCGUUGAGAACAAGGAGGUCACUCCUGCUACCAACGGCGAGUCUCGCCCCGACCUGAAGGAGAAGCGCAAGUCUUCCCUUCCCUUCGGCUUCGGCAAGCGCGACAAGUCUCCCGCCAAGUCCCCUGCUCACUCCGAUACCGAGGAGGCUGAAAAGCAGGAGAAGACCAGUGCCUUCUCCAAGCUCCGUGCUACCAUCAAGGGCCGUGGCAAGACUGAGAAGCCUGCCGACAAGCUCGAGAAGACGGAGGAGAAGCCUGAGGAGACCCCCGUCAUCGCCACCGAGACUCCCGCCGCCGAGACCUCCAAGGCCACUGAGGAGCCCGAGAACAAGCCCGAGAACGUUACUUCUUCCACUCCUGCUCCCGUUACUGCCGCCGCAUAG